AUGGCCCCCGCCGCGGGCGCGCUGCUCUGGGCCCUGCUGCUGAGUCUGGGGACCCGGGCGGCGGCGGGGGCCCAGGGCCUGACCUCAGCCGGGGUGCAGCCAGUCAGUUUCCGCUCCAGGGGCCAGAUGACCCGCAACUACCGGUCCUCCCCCAGGACCGGUUUUCCCCCGAAGAGAAGGGUAAUAAUGGAGGACGAAGAUGACGUCGUGGCCACUGCCGACCGCCUGGCCGGCCCCGCCGUUAACGAGCUCCUGGCCUCCACGGUGUCCUCGGACAUCAACAGGUUGCGUUCGUGGGAGCAAGAUGAGGAUGGGUCUUUGGAGGAGGGGGUUGUGAUUAACGCCAAUAAGAAUAACAGCGAUUCAGAGAUUGCCAAUAGAUUUCUCGUUAGUACUACAAAGAAGAGGCUCAGCUCAAGGUUUAAAGCCAAUAUCCAGGAGCCAGAAUACAGGCUGGCCACGAGCCUGCCGCCCCGCACCUGGAAAUCUGCCGAUCCUGUGGAGCAUCCGCUGCUGCCGGACACCACCAGCCUGACCCAGUGGUCAACAGCAGGAUCCACGCCCAGGCGCUGGUCACGACACUCAACCACAGCCAUGCCACCUCCUGAGGACCUGCGGCUGGUGCUGAUGCCCUGGGGCCCGUGGCACUGCCACUGCAAGUCGGGCACCAUGAGCCGGACCCGGGCCGGGAGGCUGCAGGGCCUUUCUGGGCGCCUUCGAGUUGGGGCACUGAGCCAAGUCCGAACAGAGCACCGGCCUUGCACCUACCAUCAAUGUCACUGUGAUCGCCGCAGUGAGGAGUGCCCCCUGGACUCCAGCCUCUGUUCUGAGACCAGCUGCCUCACUGAAGAAAUGGGGGUUUAUAAAGCUAGUAAGUGGCAGUCACAGCAGGAUUUAAACCAGGUUUGA